GGCACACUGAUGGACCUCUGUUAGACUCUAAACUUCUAGGACGAGGAAAGCAGGACGCGUUUCCAGUUUCUCCAGCGUGCCUUAUGACAACUGACAAGUUACACACACUCUCCCUACUCACGAGCUGCUUUAUUCCUCAAACUCGAUAGAAAGCCUGAACUGUCUGAAAACCAUGAUGGAGAUGAAGGUGUUGGGCUGCGCGUUGCUUUUCCCCUUCCAGAUUGUCUUCAGCAUUUUGAAGGCGACCGUGCGCUUCUUCACGCGCCAGAAGCGCAGAGAUCUGGGCACUGACGUGGUGCUCAUCACUGGAGGUGGAAGAGGAAUCGGCCGUCACCUGGCCAAAGAGUUUGCCAAGCAAGGAGCGAGAAAGGUGAUUUUGUGGGGCCGCACAGAGAAAUGUUUAAAAGAGACCUGUGAGGAAAUCUCCAUGACUGGAACUGAGUGCCAUUAUUUUGUAUGUGAUGUGGGCAACAGGGAGGAGGUUUACCAGCAAGCAAAAGUUCUCAGGGAAAAGGUCGGGGAUGUCACCAUUCUUGUAAAUAAUGCAGCUGUUGUCCAUGGGAAAAGUCUAAUGGAAAGUGACGAUGAUGCACUUUUGAAGACUCAGCACAUAAACACCCUUGGACAGUUCUGGACCACGAAAGCAUUUCUGCCUCGCAUGCUGGAGCUGUGCAACGGCCACGUGGUGUGCAUUAACUCCAUUCUCUCCCUCUCCUCCAUCCCUGGAGCCAUCGACUAUUGCACGUCCAAAGCCUCGUCUUAUGCCUUCAUGGAGAGCUUGACGUUGGGCCUGCUGGACUGUCCUGGAGUGGGAUGCACUACAGUUCUUCCCUUCCAUACAGACACAGAGAUGUUCCAGGGCAUGAGAGUGAGGUUUCCUAAGCUGUUUCCUCCUCUGAAUCCUGAGAUGGUGGCAGAGCGCACUGUGGAUGCAGUUAGGACCAACACUGCCUUCGUUGUCCUGCCAUGGACCAUGCACUUUCUUGUCAUUCUUAAGAGCCUUCUGCCCCAGUCUGCUCUGGAAGAGAUCCAUAAGUUUUCAGGAAGCUACACCUGUAUGAACACAUUUAAAGGACGGACUUAAUCUCAGGAGCUUCUUUACUGUUGAUUUUUAAUUCAAAGCAAGUACUACGUCCAGGAACAUCACUCUGUUUUACUGUGGACACAAAAAGAUGAAUAUGAAACAGUCAUUGGGAUGAGCGAAUCGAGAUGGCUUGUUGUCCCAAGAACUGUUAUGUCUGCAAGUCUUACAUGGAUGAAUUUGGAUUUGAUUGCCCUAUACUGGACUGCACAAAGACAUGUAGAAGAAAAUGUUUCUCAAAUACUGUGAUAACAGGGAGCACAGACUGUUGAAAGGAAAAUGUUUUUUAGAAAGCUCUGAACUUUUCAUAAGGGCCCCUAAAAGGCUGCUCUUAGAUUUUUAUAGUUUUUCACAGAUUAAAAAAAACAUUUGUAGCACAGGUCAAUGCAAUUUGACUUUUCAACUGUAUACAGCAAAUAUAUAUAUAUAUAUAUAUUUAAAAAAAGUUACUGAUAUAGAUGUAAAAAUGCCCGUUGUUUUUCAGUCAAAAUGUUUUGCAUUAUUCUAAAAUAAAAUAAAACUUGUCCACUUUU